AGGUUUUGCGACGCUGCGUGUUAAAGGCCUAGCAGCCGUCAUUUAGCCAAUGUGAGCCACUCUGUAAGAGCAGGUGGGAGGGAACAGCUGCUUCUGUUGUAAACGUGCUUCCGACUUGGAAAUUUCCUCGGUCGACUAUGAACAAUGACCAUAGUUGACAGAUCUUCAGAAAAGUCUGACCACGAGUCAGCCGGACUCGGACCUGGAGCUGCUGUGUACAACAGUACACCCUCCUCUGAGGACCAGCCCAAGGACCAAGGGGCUGGUCCUCAGAGUACACCCUCCUCUGAGGACCAGCCCAAGGACCAAGGGGCUGGUCCUCAGAGUACACCCUCCUCUGAGGACCAGCCCAAGGACCAAGGGGCUGGUCCUCAGAGUACACCCUCCUCUGAGGACCAGCCCAAGGACCAAGUGAUCAGCAGUGGCGAUGGAAUUGACUUGCCCCAGAAGGUGCUGUUCUCACCAGAUCGGCUCAGCCUAAAUUGGGCCCAGGUUCACCUCAUUGGUGCAGGCCUCCAGAACAUGGGGAACACCUGCUUCCUCAACUCAGCCCUGCAGUGUCUCAGCUACACCCCUCCUUUAGCAAACUACAUGCUGACGCGGGAGCACUCCAAAACAUGUCAUGAGUCAGGGUUCUGUAUGAUGUGUACCAUGCAAAACCACAUCAUUCAGGUUUUUACCAACUCUGGGAAUGUCAUUAAGCCCAUUGGUGUACUCAAUGAGCUUGGGUGGAUUGCAAACCACUUCCGCUAUGGAAGCCAGGAAGAUGCUCAUGAAUUCCUGCGGUGCACAGUGGAUGCUAUGCAAAGGUCCUGCUUACCUGGAACCAAAUUGGACAGGCAAACGCAGGCAACCUCUUUCAUCCAUCAAGUGUUUGGCGGGUACCUAAGAUCCAGAGUUAAAUGUUUAAACUGCAAAGCUGUCUCAGAUACAUUUGACCCUUUUCUGGAUGUCACUCUGGAAAUUAAGACUGCUCCAAAUGUCUCCAAAGCUCUGGAGCAGUUUGUCAAGCCAGAACAGCUGGGUGGUGAAAAUGCUUAUAAAUGCACCAAGUGCAACAAAAUGGUAACGGCCUCAAAAAGAUUUACAAUCCAUCGCAGCGCCAAUGUGCUCACCAUCUCACUCAAACGCUUUGCAGACUUCAGUGGAGGCAAAAUCACAAAGGAUGUGAAGUAUUUGGAGCAUCUGGAUCUGCGGCCCUUCAUGUCGCAGUCCCACGGGGAGCCCCAGCUCUACAGGCUGUAUGCUGUGCUGGUUCACUCUGGAUUGAGUUGUCAUACUGGACACUAUUUCUGCUAUAUUAAGGCCAGCAAUGAGCAGUGGUUUCAGAUGAAUGACUCGUCCGUGUCAGUCAGUGACAUUAGCACUGUUCUCAACCAGCAGGCCUAUGUCCUCUUCUACAUCAAGUGCACAGAUGUGGGAAAAACUGGGGACUACAGCCACUUGAACCAUAACGCUGGCAUAUCUGGUCAGGCAUCUCCCCAGCCGGUGGUGAGCCCAGGCACCAUCGCCACCAUGCCUCACAACAGUGUUGGCUUCAUAGGUCCCCAGCUGCCACCACACAUGAACAAGAUUGCUGAGGUGAUUGAUGAUCGACCUGAGGAAGUGAAACAGAUGGAAGUUUUUAGGACCAGCAACAGAUGGAAAGCAAUUGGAGUGGAUCAAAAUGAUGACACAGAGGAAGGAAAUGGAAAAGAACAUCAAAAUACAGAGGCUGGCUCAUUAAGCAGAGGUCGACAUGACUCACCCGAGUUGUCUUCAAAGAGAAGAGGACAGGAUUCUCCUGUCAAAAAGACCCGGCAUGACUCUCCAGACAUCUCGCCACCAAAGAGAAGUCGGAAGUACUCUCCGGAUGACUAG